UUUGGAUAACAAGUUAACACCAUUAUAUCGAGAGAGAGUUUUCGUAGUUUUCUUAUUCAGACUUGAAAUAAUAUCCUAACUGAUAACAUGGACAGACUGAUGGCCUGAUUGCCAAUGCACUUGGAGAGAUAACAAAGGAGUUUUCCUUUGUCUUAUCAGAUGAUCACGUCUGGAAUUCCACUGUCAACUGGCUGAUGUGUACUGAAGGGCACUUAUAUACUACAGUCUAGCAAUCCGCCAAAAUACGGCCAAACCUUUUGUCAUAAUCUGUUACAAUAACGUCCAUGACCACGUUGGACAGGAAGUGACGUCUAUAUAGAAACCUUGGCAUAUUUCAACAUGUUUAACCAUAAACGUCUCUGGCUUGUGGAAUUGGUUUUGGUAUACAUAGCUUCAUCGCAUGGCACUUACGGUUCUGAUGACGUUAAUGAAAGGUUGCUGCAGCUCGAGACAGCAGUAAGAGGAGUUCAGGCGUCCGCACGACAACAAAAGUCCAAUCUUGAGGAUGAACUGGCCAACGUCCAAUCAGAAUUGUCUGCCUUACAACACAAAUAUCAGAAUGUAUUACGUCAACUCGAGACCUCGGCCUCUAAAUCAGUGAGAUCAGACACGGGAGCUGCAAAGUACGCCUUCUCCGCAAGCCUUAGUCAACGAUUGACAUAUAAUAGCAACGAAAAAAUCGUCAUGGAUCACGUGCUUACCAACGAAGGGAAUAACUACGAUCCACAAACAGGUGUCUUCACAUGUCAACAGGCGGGCACCUACGUCUUCUACGUCACCAUACAGGUAGAACAUGGACACAGUUUUGGGGCGGAAGUCGUCAAAAACGCAGCGGAAAUAGCUUGGGUUUUAGCGGAACCUACAAACUCCCGAGCUUCCGCGUCCACUUCCGUGAUUGUAAACCUGUCGGUCGGGGACAUUGUAUACGUCAGGUCAGAUGGAUAUUUUGAUCAAGACGACGCUUUAAUAGACGACCAGUUCUCUAGUUUCUCGGGAUUUUUGAUUGAAGUCGGUGGAUGGGUAAACUUUGGAAAUGGUUAAUGUAAUAAUGAAAUAUUGACGGACUUUUUACUGAUAUAUUUGAUUUUUUUCAGACUACUUUAAGUCUUUAAGAUUUCUGCUUUGUUAAUAAAUAGUGAAUAAAGUCUAGAUAUA